AGUGGUUGUUGGGGCAGGUGUGCAUGGAAGAUGAGAAGACGAUCUUCAUGUCCCUCGAAACUUCGGGAAGCUCGAUGAUUCGUCUAUGUUUCGCAAACAGGCAGUGACACAUUUGGGCAGGGCUUGGAGAGGCAGACCCCAUAUGGUGUAUACCUACACCAACAUGACCAAGGUGGUUAGCCCUGCCGGCUGGAGCGACGAUAACCAUCCUGAAUGUAACAACAAUGUGGCCUGUGAAGAGUACAAGCGCAUGGGUCCAGGUUCAAGAACAUAUAAUGAGAGAAAUUUGAGCAAAGAACUGACUAACAAACAAGUCAAGUUUUUCAUUAGCCUUGGAUAUAUUCAGGAGGAGGAGGAACUGAGGCUAAAGUACCUCCAAUUUGUUCAAGAGGACGCUCAUGCCGCAGUUUGCUUCACAAACCUUUACUGUUAGCUUCUAUACAGUAUGUUGUAUGUUUCGGGAUAUCUUUACAUCUUAAUUUCUACUCUCAGGUUUUUGAAAGUUUGUAAUUUUACUUGCUAUUGCUACUUGAUUAUAAAAAUGUAAAACAAAAUCUGUAUGUGAUUUAUAAAUUUGUAUUUGAUUUUAGAUGUUUUUCCAGUGUAAGGCAUAUGUUGCACAUGCAUGUAAAUGGUACAAAUUGUUUUGGUUUUGGACAAUAAGCUUUUGAGUUUUACAACCCUUGCAAUGGGAUUGUGACUCCAACAAAUUUAGUGUUGGGGGAUAAAGUUUGGUUCUUAAUACAUAAUAUAGCAAAGGCCUAGAAACCUUCAAGGAAUAUGCAAAUGUUUUUUGCGCAUCUUGGCCUGCAGUUUGUGUGAAGGGGCAUUAGUGUGUUAUCUGCAUUGGUGCAUUUGAGGGUGUGAUUCUGUUUUUACCUCCUUUUUAGGUUUGAACAUCUGUGCUUGACAACUUAGCUGCUCAAACAAGAACAGAACACUUUUGCAGUUUUUGGUAAGUGCUAAAAUAGGUGCCUAGCCUGUAGGACAUAUAUUUUGCCGUCUUAAUUGCAGGGGCAAAAUAUGUGUAAACUGCAUGUUGCUUCUGUUUCUUCUGUUUCAUAUGGAAACAGGGCUUCUGCAUAUUAUUGGCUUUGAACAUUUGUACUUGGAAAAUUAGCUACUUGAACAAGUACUGAACACUUUCUAUAUUUUUUAUUAGUUGCUGAAGCAAAAUAUGUGUGAACUUCAU